GCCACCGGGAAUAAUGGACGUCCUUGAUUUGAAUUUGAGUACUCCCGAGACCUUAAAAUUUUGAAUAACUCGGCGUCUCUCUCUUCUCCACAAGUUCACAUCAAAAGACAAAAAUUUCAAAUCACUUCCCUCCUACUUACGUUCUCUCUUUGCUCUGAGGUUUCCUCUUAUACAAAACCCUAAGAUUGCUGAUCGAUCACAGCAUGUCGUCUGUGAUACCGCCGCCGGCGCCUGGCCGAGAACUCUCGAACCCUCCCUCCGACGGCAUCUCAAACCUUCGGUUUUCCAACCAUAGUGAUCACCUGCUUGUCUCCUCUUGGGAUAAGAGUGUACGAUUGUAUGAUGCCAGUGCCAAUGUGCUCAGAGGAGAGUUCAUGCACGGUGGACCUGUGCUUGAUUGUUGUUUCCAUGACGAUUCUUCAGGAUUUAGUGCUGGCGCCGAUAACACAGUGAGGCGGUUAGUUUUCAGCUCUAAUAAGGAGGAUGUUCUGGGAAGGCAUGAUGCACCUGUUCGUUGUAUUGAGUACUCUUAUGCAGCAGGCCAAUUGAUCACUGGUAGUUGGGAUAAAACCCUGAAAUGUUGGGACCCUAGAGGUGCAAGUGGGCAAGAGCGUACUCUUGUUGGGACAUACCCACAACCUGAGCGCGUUUACUCUCUUUCGCUGGUUGGGCAUCGUCUAGUUGUAGCAACUGCUGGAAGACACGUUAAUGUUUAUGAUUUGAGGAAUAUGUCUCAGCCUGAGCAACGGAGAGAAUCUUCAUUGAAAUAUCAAACCAGAUGUGUGCGCUGUUACCCAAAUGGAACAGGAUAUGCACUUAGUUCAGUUGAAGGGCGAGUUGCAAUGGAAUUUUUUGAUCUCUCAGAGGCUAGCCAAGCAAAAAAAUAUGCUUUUAAGUGUCACAGAAAAUCUGAAGCUGGAAGGGACAUUGUCUAUCCCGUAAAUUCCAUAGCAUUCCACCCCAUAUACGGUACAUUUGCCACUGGAGGUUGUGAUGGUUUUGUAAAUGUAUGGGAUGGAAACAACAAGAAGAGGCUGUACCAGUACUCAAAAUAUCCAACUAGCGUUGCUGCACUUUCAUUUAGUAGAGAUGGACGCCUCCUGGCUGUUGCAUCGAGUUACACAUUUGAAGAGGGGCCUAAGCAGCAUGAACAAGAUGCCAUCUAUGUGCGCAGUGUAAAUGAGAUAGAAGUCAAACCGAAACCCAAAGUCUAUCCUAAUCCACCAGCGUGAUUCCUGAUGAACGUAGUAAUUUAUUUUCUUUUUACCUACUAUGCCGUGUACUUUGCCCAAUUCUUUGUUACUUUCGUAUGUAAACUAAUUAUGCGAAGUUCUCAAUUUCUAGAUACCAAAUAUGGCGAGAUUUCAGCUUUUUCUACUUUUUACUUGGGUGCCUCUAUUCAUGGAGAUAUCUAUGUUGUAUAAGUUGACUUCAAGAUUUCAAUCUAGUGAGAUGCCUGUCCUCACUGUUACAUA